UCUGUCUCUCCAACUGUUGAAAAGAAGAAAAAGGAAAACAGAAGAAAUGUCGUCUUUUCGUCGUCAGACGACGACGACGAUGACGCGGACGGAGAAGGUCCGUUCGAUCUUCGACCGCUUCGACGCGAACGGCGACGGCGGCCUCGACCGCAGUGAGAUGUCCGACCUCAUCGCGGCCGUUAAUCCCAGCGUCAAGUUCGGCCCUGAGCAGAUCGCUGCCAUCCUCGACGAGAUCUUCCGCACCUACGCCGAUUUCAUCCCCGACCCUGCCGUCGGCCUUUCCUUCGCCGGCCUCCUCCGUACCUACGACGAUGGCGCCGGCGACGUUGAUCGCGAUUUCUCUGCUCUCGAUCUCCAGACUCUCCCUCCCUCCCUCUCUCCAUCCCUCUCUUUCUCCGAUAACGAUCUCCCGCCGCGGGUACCUCAAAACCCUACCAACCCUUGGAUCUCCCCCGCUUGGACUGCCACUCCCAAUCACGGUAUUGAUUACGACGACACGUGGAAGAUUGUCCAGGAUUUGGAAAUUAUGAUUAGGAAGAAGAUCAAAGCUUGCAAUUUGAAGAAGAAUCCGAAAGAUGUGAAUUUCAGCGACGGGUUUUCAGAUAACAGCUGGUCGACGGAUUUGAGCUUUGAUUCGGAUGGCAAGAAGGCAGUUUUUGAUUUAAGUUGCGGGGAGUUUAGGGGGUUUUUGAAAGAAUUGAGGGAGAUUAGGGCUAGGGUCGAUCGGGCAUCAAGGGAGGAGGCUUUCGACGGGCAUAUGGCAAUCGGGCGGACGCUUUUCGAUUAUAGGUUGUUUGCAGAAGCUUUGGAGAGCUUUAGGCGGGCCGUGGAGCUAAAGCCGUCGGAUGUACGGGCAAAUUUCAGGGUGGGUAACUCUUUCUGUUCGUUGGGGAGGUUGAAGGAGGCCAAGGAGAACUAUAUUUUGGCACUUGAGUCGGCAGAGGCAGAUACGAAUCGGUGGUCCUCGCUGCUCCCGCAGAUUCAUGUGAAUUUGGGAUUUGUGUUGGAAGGGGAGGGGAUGCUGCUGGGUGCGAGCGAGCAUUAUCGGGAGGCGGCAAUCCUCUGCCCGACACAUUACCGGGCUUUGAAGCUCUUGGGGAGUGCGUUGUUUGGCGUGGGUGAGUAUCGGGCAGCAGAGAAGGCGUUGGAGGAGGCUGUUUUCUUGAAGCCGGAUUUCACUGAUGCCCAUUGUGAUCUUGGGUCAGUUCUCCAUGCGAUGGGUGAGGAGGAGAGGGCGAUUCUUGCAUUCCAGAAGGCGAUUGAUCUAAAGCCUGACCAUAUGGAUGCAUUGUACAAUCUUGGAGGGUUGUUAAUGAAUAUGGGUCGGCACAAGAGAGCGGCAGAGAUGUAUGGGAGAGUGCUGGCAAUCCGUCCCAACCAUUGGCGGGCCCAGCUGAAUCGGGGCAUUGCAUUGUUGGGUGCAAGGGAGACGGAGGAGGCGAAAAGGUGUUUGAGGGACGCUUUCAAGAUGACACAAAGGGUAGAACUGUAUGAUGCGAUUGGACACAUGAAGCACCUGAAGAAGAAAUCCAGAGCAGGGUUGAGUUCCAUGAUUAAGAUGGCAAUCGAGGGUGAAAGCAGGGAAGGUUCGGAGGAAGCGGUUGAUACGGUGGUUGUGGAAGCUUCCAAGUUCAAACCGGCAAGAGAAAAUGGCACGCAUAGGGAGCAUCUUGCAAUUGCCCUUGAGAUUAGGACCUUCCAGAGGAUUAGUAGGCUGUGUCUGUGUGAUAUAACUCUAUUGAAGAAGGAGAUGGCUCAAACUGAGGUUUCAGUUUCUUACACAGGAAGUGGGCUGCCCGAGUUAUCUGUACGGAAAGCUGCCUUGGAAGUCAUUCUCCGGAAACUGCUUCAUUCUCUUAAACCAGAGACUUUUCAAGGAGCGGUUAAGGCAAUUGACGAAAGGGUUCUGGCUGUCUUGGAUGCAACCGGCUCUGGAAGAGUGGAUCUGGGUAUGUUUUAUGCCAUUGUAGCGCCCAUUUGUGCGGGCCCACCAGAAAAGCGCAAGCGAGCUGCAUUUGAUGCCCUUAUAUGGCGCUCUAUGAACGAUGUUCAAGGUCAAAUCGGAAAAGCUGAUGUAUCAAUCUACCUGAGGUACUUGAGGGCUAUUUACUUUCCCUCGCAAGGGUUGAGCAACUUGAUGGAAGUCCGAGGAGAGGAAGAGAACACAAUGAUUUCAUUCCCUGAGUUUGUCGACAUGUUCGAUGAUGUGGAUUGGGGUUUCGGCAUUUUGGGUAUUUUGUUAAAGCUUGAGGAUGGUGACAGGAUUCGGCAUGGUGGGCAAUCUUGCGAUGUGUGUCGGUAUCCAAUCGCCGGGCCUAGAUUUAAAGAAAAAAACUCUCGGUUCAACCUCUGCGUGACCUGUUACAGUGCAGGAAAGGUUCCUGCUGCCUUCAAGAAAGAAGAAUACACGUUUAGGGAGUACUGGAGCUAAGUCAGAACAUGGAAAGAUACUCUGAAGCUGUUUGCAUCUCAUUUUGACAAGUUCCUGGAUAAUUGCUAGAUAUCGCACCUUCCAAGUAUCACUGGUUUGUUUGCAGUUUGCCCAGCUCCUUUUUUCUUCGUCUUCUUUUUCUUUUGUUUUGGCUUGAAAAGUAGAUAUGUAUUGAAGUAGCUAUCUUCUUUUAUUAGUUUGAAACAGUUCUUGUGGAUAUAUGUAGAAAGCAGAAUGAUUCUUUGUGAAGCAAUGACUUGAAACGAAAAGGAAAAUCAUAUAGGUUUUGUAAAGCAAUUUAUAGUGAUUUGAGUUUAUCUAAUCUUGGUUUUUUCUUUGA